GGUGGGCGUAGGCUAAAGUGUGCGCCUUGUUUAGAGUCGUAUUACGAAAAGGCACGAACAUCAGCGUCGGGGAGGGACUUUUUUUACAUGUGGAAAAGGAAUAACUCUUGAGCUUGGCUCUCUCUCUCCUGCUCUCUCUCUCUCUCUCUCUGUGCAAGGCCUUUCUCGGACAGCACAAAUCUGCACCUGUGCUCUCACACUUAAUGUUUACCCAGGGUGAACAGGCGAGCCUCUGGCGUUACAGUUUGUUGCUUGCAGUUAUUUUCGCCGGAGUUUCCGUAAGUUGGAACAAUGUUUGGAAGCGGCAAGUCAGCGGACCCCAGUCCCAGACAGCAGAGGAGGAAAGUGGGGGCGAUGGACCCCAGCAGGAUGCUCGGGCUGCUGGACAAUGAGGACAUUCGCAUGAUGAUGCAGGGCUCCAACAUGGUGAAGGUCCGCUCUCAGAGAUGGCAGAAGAGCCGCAACCUGCGGCUGCUGGAAGACGGACUCACCGUGUGGUGCGAGUCCACAAAGAGCUCCCGCAAAGCAAAAAACCAGCAGACAUUCGCAGUGACAGAAGUGGAGUGUGUGCGUGAAGGCUGCCAGUCCGAGGCGCUGAGGCUUCUGUCUGGAUCAGUGUCGGAGAAUCAGUGCUUCACAGUGAUCUUCAGAGGAGCCAGGAAGAGCCUGGACCUGCUGUGUACCUGUGAGGAUGAAGCUCAGCGCUGGGUGCGAGGGCUCCGCACUUUGAAGGAUUACGUGGCCAACAUGAGUCAGAAUGAAAAACUGGACCAUUGGAUCCGAUGCUACCUGAAGCGAGCAGAUCAGAAUCAGGAUGGCAAGAUGAGCUACGAUGAGGUCAAACGGUUGCUCCAGAUGAUCAACAUUGACCUGAGUGAGCAGUAUGCCCGCUCUUUAUUCAAGAGGUGUGACCGAUCCGGCGAUGGUCGUCUGGAUCAUAUAGAGAUUGAGGAGUUCUGCAGGGAGCUGCUGCGACGGCCUGAGCUGGAUGCCGUAUUCAGACACUAUUCGAGUAAUGGUUGUGUGCUCGCCACUGCUGAGCUGCGUGACUUCCUGGGAGACCAAGGAGAAGACGCCUCAUUGAAUCACGCUCAGCGCCUCAUACUCACCUAUGAGCUCAAUGACUGGGCCCAGAAGAACCAGUUCAUGACCCAGAAUGGUUUCACCAUGUACAUGCUGUCCCAGCAGAAUGAUGUGGUUAACCCUGACCAUACCAGAGUCUACCAGGACAUGAGCCACCCUUUGGCCCAUUACUUCAUCUCCUCGUCACACAACACCUACCUUACCAAGGACCAAGUCACCAGUGCCAGCAGCACUGAGCCAUACAUCAGGGCUCUGAAUCAGGGCUGUCGCUGUGUGGAGCUGGACUGCUGGGAUGGAGAUAAAGGUGAACCUGUCAUCUACCACGGCCACACUCUCACCUCCAAAGUGCCUUUCAAAGAGGUCAUUGAAACCAUCGACCAGUACGCCUUCAAGGCGUCCCCAUAUCCUCUAAUCCUGUCUGUGGAGAACCACUGUUCUUUGGAGCAGCAGGCUGUUAUGGCCAAACACCUCCGCACCAUCUUGGGCAGCAAACUGCUCACCAAGCCCCUCUCUGCCCAGCCACAGAAGGAUCUUCCUUCUCCUGAGGAGCUGAAGGGGCGUAUUCUGAUAAAAGGGAAGAAGCUGAUUCCUCACUUGGGCCAGCUGGGCAAGAAUGGCAGCUGUGCCAGCUUCUCCUCAAGCUCUGAGGAUGAACCAGCAAGCAGCAAUAAGAACACACCUAAGAAGGAUCCUGCAAAGGACUGUGCUAAACUGAGCCCGGAGCUAUCAGAGCUGGUGGUGUACUGCAGAAGUGUCCCCUUCAGUGGGUUUGAAAAUGCUUCUGAAAAACCUCCAAAUGAAUUGUCCUCCUUCUCUGAAAGUGAAGCCCUAAAGCUCAUCAAGGACUCAGGAAAGCUUUUUGUGAGACACAACAGCAGGCAGCUGAGCCGGAUCUACCCCUCCGGCCAGCGGCUCCAAUCAUCCAACUAUGAUCCUCAGGAAAUGUGGAACGGCGGCUGCCAGAUGGUGGCUCUGAACUUCCAGACACCAGGGGAGCAGAUGGACCUGAACCAGGGCCGCUUCCUCCCCAAUGGUCGCUGUGGAUACAUCCUCAAACCGAGCUUCCUGCGCAGCCGCUCGUCCAACUUUAACCCAGAGAACACGGGAGGAGGCCCCGGUCACGUCCCCACUCAGCUGACUAUACGAAUUAUAUCUGCACAGCAGCUGCCAAAAAUCAACACAGAGAAGGCCAGCUCCAUUGUGGACCCACAAGUGUGGGUGGAAAUUCAUGGGGUGGCUAUUGAUAAUGCAAGAAAUAAAACCCAGCGCAUUGACAACAAUGGUUUUAACCCACGAUGGGACUGCACUCUGAGCUUCCAGUUGCAAGUCCCUGAAUUGGCUCUGGUGCGAUUUGUAGUGGAGGACCAUGAUCACACUGCCAAAAAUGACUUUGUGGGGCAGUUUACUGUACCUUUCACAAGCCUACGAACAGGUUAUCGACAUGUUCAUUUAUUGAAGGCAGAUGGUUCCAGUCUAUCCCCCGCCACACUCUUCAUCCAUGUCAAAGUGAUCCGCAAAGGAGUUCCCAUCAAAACUGUGGCCGAGCAUAUAGCCAUUGCCAAAGGCAAGCCAUGAUGGGCAUCUGAACAAGGUGUGAAAGCUGACAACAAAGGGCUUUGGAAAAGGAGCUCUAAAUGUGAGGAGAGAGAGAGAGAGAGAGAGACUACUGCUGCUGCCAGCCGGUCUCCCAGUCCAGACCUCAAGUGGUGCAGUUUACAUUGAGCCACUUCCCAAUGCAGGGAGAAAGAUGUCAUUUAUCAGAAAUGCAGAAGUGCGCUGGCUCUUAGCAAAUGAAUUGCCCCGGGCUAGAUAAUGAAUCCAUGAUACACUGUGGGAGUAUCUAGUCUCGUCAGUGCUGAGUGCUCUGGAAACAGAGCACUGAGUAUUGUGGUUCAUGAAACAUACUGAUAUAGGACUGGUUACAAAAUUAAUUUUAAUGUUCUCAACUCGUGUGUCUAGGUUAUUCUCUUAAUCUUUUGAGCCGAUGUGUUAUUUCGUCCUUUUAUAUGUUUUGAUUUGAGAAUUAUUUUAACAUUUUUACACUUAAUAUUUGGCUUAAACUUAAAAGAGUGAGAAUAGUUUAAACAAAAAAAGCACUUACUUAACUGAGGCUGCCUCAUAAGCACUAAGUAGGAAUGACUGCGUGACUGGCUGUGAAUACAAAAUGAUAUAUUACUGUUUUACAAAUACGUAAUAAUGUUUCGAUGAUCAAUAUUUACUGUAAAACUUCAAUUAAUAGCCAGGACUUGUAUUUGCUUCAAUCCCUAAAAUCACACUGCCUAUAAUUAGGACAGCCGUCUAUUUGGAACAGGCCUUUAAUUCCUUUCGCAACAAAACUCUUGCUCAGCAGAGAUGGUAAAUAGGCUGUUUAUUUAAACUGGCAUGUAUUACUCGCCUACUAUUAUUUACCAGUAUUGUAUAAAACAUUUGAUCAGAUAACAUAUUAAUUAUGAAUCAUUCAUUUGCUCUAGCUCUGAGAGACAGUGCAUUUAGGCCAACCUCAUGCGCAUUAAGAGAGAGAGAACGGUAGGAAUCAUCAAGGAAUGGACACAUAUUCUGGCUUUAUGACCUUUUAAAAGUAGUGAGUUGCCACUUUUUUCCCUGUCUUUCUUGUUGAAUAAUACUUUGCUGCUCAUUGUUUGUGAAAAAUGAACUAAACGACUAAAUUGUGGAGAAUCUUACCAAUCUUACGAUGUGUCAUAUGUCCAUAAUUAGAAAAGUUUAAACAUUUGUAUGUACAAACUAACAGAACUGGCUCAAGCGAGUGACCCGGUGGGCUUUAAGAGGCUUUUUUACAACCAAAGAAAUUCUAUAAAAGGGGUCUAAUUGAGACCUGUGUUUAUUUGUGAAAACAUGAAGCCACACCAGGCCAGUAAAAGGGACAGGCUGAUUGGGACUAGGCUUUUAAUUGAAGUUUUACGGUAGAUAGUCUUAUCAGAUACUUGGCACUUUUAAUUUCUCUCAGGAGAAAGAUUUUAUUUUCUGAGACAAAUAACAAUUUAUUUUCACAACUUACAAAUGAACUUGAAAUGUACAGAUAACUGACUUGCAGAUAGAUGUUUACUUAUGUUUUUAAAAUGUUAAAUUGUUGUAUUUGCGUCUGCAUCACUUCACACUUUAAAAUAAGGAUGUGAGUCAAAUUGUGUUUUUAGGAUAUUUGCCUGUGGGCUUCUUGACAACCUUGAGUAAUUAUUUUUGUUGCCAGGUCCUUAGAUUUAGAUCUUAAAAAAUUACAACCACCAAUUACUGUAGGCUACAGUGAAUCAUUUAAUACUCUUAUAAAGAGGUUCCCUAAUAAUAAAAUGGUGCCGUAAUGAAAGGUUCUGCACAGGGUUUACUUUAAUUACAGAUAUGAUCAGGAUGGGUUGCAAUAGCAUGUAGCAAAUGUUGAUGACUUUGCAUUUUGAAAGCUUAUAGCCUAUGUUGUGUGAAUGGCAGUUAGUAUUAUGUGUGUUAGAGAAAAUACCGUUUUCAUAAAAGCACUAAUAACACA